GAUUCGUUGGCAAAACAUCUGAUACUCUAUCUGCAAAGCACUCUUCCCCAUAGCGAUAACAACAUAAAAACAUUCUCUACAAAAAAAACAGAAGAAAAAGAAUCUUUGUAUCAGUACUGCUCUUAGAUGAGUUUUUCUGGCUGUCAUAAAUUAAGCUGACUUUUUUUUUUUACUGUUAUUCCUAAAAAUGGCUUUUCGAUUUAAUUUUUCUAUUGAUGAAAACGAGAACAAUGAACCAGACACUCAUGCAGACUCCAGCCAGAGGCUGGGCACUGAUAAGCACCAGGAUGAGACGCCAUCAGAGAAAAAGUUCUGCUUUAAAGCUGCCAAGGAGCACAAUAUACCUGAAGAUCUCAAAAAAGUAUUGGAAAAUAAAGUCAUGGAAACAGUAUCAGGCCUGUAUUAUACAAAGAUGUCUGUAGUGGAAAUGAUGUGUUUGGAUGGCGCCGACAGAGAAGGCAUCGUGUCUAAAAGUGUUUCUUCUCACUCCGAUCUCAUCCCAGGAGUCUAUGAGGGAGGACUGAAAAUCUGGGAAUGCACCUUUGAUCUCAUAGACUACUUUUCCGAGGCCAAAACACAGUUUGCCAACAAGACUGUAUUGGAUCUUGGCUGCGGGGCUGGACUGCUGGGAAUAGUUGCUUUAAGGGGUAAAGCUGAAAAAGUCCAUUUUCAGGACUACAACAGCACAGUGAUUGACGAAAUAACCUUGCCUAAUGCGGUGGCUAACUGUAUAAAUGAAGACAGUAGGAUGGGCAGUGGAGAUGACAGGAAAACUAGCAAGCCUCCUUCCAAGAGGCCCAAGAAAGCGGACUGCUUACCUGAUGUGCUCAGCAAAUGCAGAUUUUUUUCUGGGGAGUGGUCUGAAGUCAGCCGGCUCCUGUUAAGCAGCAACAAAGCCUUUUCAAAGUAUGAUAUAAUUCUCACAUCUGAGACCAUCUAUAAUCCUGACUACUACAGUGCUUUGCACGAUACGCUGGCUCAGCUCUUGGAUAAAGACGGCCGUGUGUAUUUGGCAAGCAAAGCACAUUAUUUUGGGGUUGGCGGUGGUAUCUACCUCUUUGAGAAAUUCAUUGAAGAGAGAAAUGUGUUUAGGACCAGCAUAGUUAAAAUAAUUGAUAAAGGACUGCAGCGAUGUAUCAUGGAAAUGGCCUUUAAAGACUCCAGUUAAAAUUCAACCACUGGUCCUUCAAAGUAUCUUAAAGAAAAAAUGUUUCAAUCCUUAUAUCUGUUUGCUUUUUCCCCUGCUGAGUUAUUCUGGUUUGACAAAUUGAGGAUGCUUGUUAUUGAAAUGUUUGACAGAUUCUGAUGUCUGACCAGAAGUGAAGGACUCUUCUGAUUCUGGUUUUGCAUAGAAAAAUUGAGUUCUGCUUAAAUCACCAUCUGUUUAUGCCAAUUAAUUGUCAUUUAUACAUAUUUUAAAAAUUAAGUCACUGUC